CAUCGCGAAGGGGUCAGCGGCAAAACCACGCUAAAACCUAGCAAUCCGCCCCAAAUCGGCGGCCGCACGCACGCACGCCGUCGCAGCCAUGGCGACCUCCUUCGCGUUCGGCAAUUCCGGCGGGGCGGGAUCCACCUCGUCCUCCCCCUUCUCCUUCUCCACCGCCCCAUCCGCCUUCUCCUCCUCCCCCGCCCCCGCGUUCGGCUCCUCCCCCGCCCCCGCAUUCGGUUCGUCCCCCUUCUCCGCGACCGCCGCUUCCUCUGCUCCGGCUUUUGGUUCAUCCCUCUUCGGAUCCACCCCCGCCUCCGCGUCCGCUCCGGCCACCGCCACCGCCACCGCUUCCUCCCCGUCCGCUUUCGGCUUCGGGGCCACCGGUUUCGGGUUCUCUCAGCCCGCGGCCGCCUCGUCCGCCUCACCCCUCUUCGGCGCACCCGCCACCUCCGCCGCGGCGACCACGCCUAGCAUAUUCGGGGCCGGCACGACCACCCCCAGCCCCUUCGGCGCACCGGCCACCUCGUCUGCGGCCACCACCCCGGGCCUCUUCGGCGCCGUCUCCUCCCCCGCGGCCACACCAGGUCUCUUCGGUGCGACCACCGCCGCCGCCAGCACCCCCAGCAUAUUCGGCGCCGCCGUUUCCGCUUCGUCCACGCCUGGCCUUUUCUCUGGCGCCGCCACGGGAUUCGGCUUUGGCUCAUCGGCAUCAGGCUCCGCCGCCGCCUCGACGCCAUCAUUCGGCUUCGGCGCGCCCGCCGCAUCUAGCACCGCCACUACCUCGGCUUCGGCACCGGCUCUGUUUGGGGCCGCCACUGGUGGCUCGUCCUUGUUUGGAUCCACCUCCACCGCGCCGUUGUUCGGCACCGCGGCCUCGUCUCCUGCAACCACUGCCACGACCGCGCCAUCCCUUGGCUUUUCAUUAGCGCCAGCAACUACUGCCUCUGCUCCGUCGUUUGGUUUCACGCCGGCAUCAGGAAGCACGACGACGGCCAGCACCACACCUUCCUUGUUCUCGAGCGCUCCCUCAGCCUCUGCCUUCUCGUUCUCCAACAGUGCAUCCGCUGCUCCCACCACGCCUGCCUCUGCGCCCGCCAGUGGUUUCUCCUUGGCCACUUCGCAGCCUGCCUCUGCGCCCGCCAGUGGUUUCUCCUUGGCCACUUCGCAGGCUGCAUCUGCUCCGUCAUUGUUCUCUAAUACUGGUGCAGCUGCAAGCUCGUCGCCGUUCGGUGCAUCUUUUGCUACUCCCACGCCAACAUUUGCUUCUGCUUCCGCACCUAGUGCAUCCGCUGCGCCAUCAGCUACGACUGCCCCUGCAACCUCGGGGUCAUCAUUGUUCUCCGCUAGCGGUUUCAGCUUUACAGUCCCGACGGCGUCAUCAGCUGCAGCAGUUACAACCACUGCCACCACUAUCACUACUUCUGCAGCCACGACUCCUUCUACCACAACAACUGCAUUUCCUAGUUUUAGCUUGCCAGUUCCUGCCUCAACUUCGGCAACUCAGUCAACACUGCUUGGCGGUUCUACUACAGCUGCAAGCACACUAGCCACCAUCGCCACCACAAGUCAGGCGACUUCCUCAGCUAUUCAAGCUAGCAGCACUGGAGCUAGUACGAGUGCCAUCACUCCAGCAGCACCUCAAGCAGCUAAGCUUCCAUCAGAAAUUGUUGGUAAAUGUGUCGAGGAGAUUAUUAGGGACUGGAACAAUGGUCUUCAAGACCGCACUGCAAAGUUCCGGAAGCAUGCAACUGCCAUAUCUGAAUGGGACAGGAGAAUUCUGCAAAACAGGAAUGUUCUUAUAAGGCUUGAGGCUGAUGUGGCCAAAGUUGUUGAAACACAAACAAGCUUGGAGAGGCAACUUGAGUUGAUAGAAACUCAUCAGAAAGAGGUGGACAAGGCUCUGCAGAGCAUGGAGGAGGAAGCCGAGCGUAUAUUCCAGGAUGAACGGGUCUUACUUCGUGAAGAUGAGGCUGCCUCAGCAAGGGAUAUAAUGUACGAGCAAGGUGAAGUUGUGGAGAAUGAGUUGCAGCAUAUGACAGAACAAGUUAAAUCUAUCAUUCAGACCAUGAAUUCUACUCAGGGUGGUGAGCUUGAGGCUACGGAUACCAUGGCACCAUUUGAUGUUGCUGUCCGAAUACUGGAUAAUCAACUGCGCUCUCUAAUGUGGAUUGACGAGAAGGCAAACGAGUUCUCAAACAGAAUACAGAGACUGCCCAACAAUAGUACUGCGGCUGAGCGCGACUCAGGAAUCCCAAGGUUUUGGUUAAGCUGAUUCAAUCCUGGUUGGACAUUUGAUGGUCUGCUCAUGGGUAUUAAAACGUGCUAUAUAUGUUGUUAGUUCCGCUGUUUCAAAGUGGAAGUUUCACUGCUUUCCCCUUCAUUGAAGUACUUCUGUGACAUGUGACUCUUAACAUGAUUUCCGUGUUGAUGCUGUUUAUUCAAAUUCAAACUGCUUGUUAGAUGAACUGCCCUGCUUCAUUAUAACAGAUUUUAAAAAAUGGUCUGUCGUUAA